AGAGGAAGAACAGAAUUAAACUCGAGGAUCACAUGGUGGACGGUCAUAAAUAGAGAGUGAUAUAAGGAGUAAAUAUACAGCUGGUUCUGAUGGAUCCGAACCUGCUGUACUGGAAGAGCCAGGGACAGUCCUUCUUCAGUCGGCUGAAGAUCUGGUUUGAUCUGCUCGACCCCUUGUCCCUGCUCUCCUCUGAGAAUGAAAUCCAGAAUGCCCGAGCUGCCAUUGAAAAUGCAGAGAAGUUCGACAAAAAGGAUGACCAUGCAGUCGCCCUCUCCCUUACGUCUGUCCAUGCUGAUUCUGGGGCUGUGCUUCCAAAAGUUUUCCGCCCUCCAGCUGUGCUCCCACUAUCAGCUCUGUUGGUUGCUGGCAGCUGUUUGCCGCACCGCACUGUCAAACCGGCUCUCUUCUGGCAGCUUUUGAUGCACACUUACUACGCCGGGUUCAACUAUGCAAACAGGAACCGUUCAUCUGAGAAGUGUAAAACCACCACUUUGAAACACGCUCUGCUGAUCAGUGGAACAGUAUCCUAUGCAGCAGUAGCAGGGGUCUUGCCUCAAGUCAUCAUUUCUCGUCUUGACAAAAGAAGUGUAGCACUGCAGAAUUUCUUCAGGUUUGUUGUGCCAGUUCCACUCUUGGCCUCUCUGGCCGCCUUCUCUGUGUUGAUUGUCAGAAGUGAGGAGUCAGACAGCGGGAUCCAAGUGUUUGAUUCCAGUGGGAAUCCUGUCUGCAUCUCUAAAGCAGCAGGAAGACAGGCCGUGAUAGACACCGCAUGCUCACGGGCUGCUCUAAUGGGUACAUCUGCUGCGGUGCCUAAUCUCCUGGUUUUUCUUUUACGCAGGAGGAAUUCUCAGCUGGUCUCUGCUCUCUCACCGAUCAGCUUCACAUUAGUCUUUGGCCUGAUGAUCCCCGUCUCAUUUAGUAUCUUUUCACAACUGGGAACGAUUAAGAAGGAAAACCUGGAGGAGGAGCUGCAGGCUGCAGCAUCUGAUGGGCAUUUAUUCUACCACAGAGGACUGUGAGCAGUGCAUGAAUACAUUCAAGUAUAUGAAGGCACAACUGUAAUGAACAUUUUUCUCUUAGGAUGUGGAAACAUUUUGUGUAAAGCACUGUUUAAUGUAUUAAAGGAAGCAUGGCCGUAAAUGUA